AAAGGAGAGAAAUGCAAUAAUAUUACAGACUUUUUUGAUCAAAAGUUAUUAAAUGUUAGCAUUUUUAAUACAGUAAUUAAAGAUUGUAUUAAAGAACUAAUAUUUAAGAAUUUAGAUCAAGAGGUACUUAAUAAUAUAGAUAUUCCUUUAAUAAUUCUUCCAGAUUCUAGAGAAUAUCUAAAAGAUUUAAUAGAAGGUAUUUUAGAAAUUUAUAUUGAAAUUGCUAAAGAAUAUUGGAAUAAUGAAGUUCAAAAACCUUCUGGAAAUCAGGCUAGAAUAUGA